CGUUAGAUGGUCCAGGCUUGGCGGCUGUUGCGUUGCUCUGUUGCCUACAGCCCGCACCCACAACCUCCACAAACAAUCACCUUCUGCUCUCCAUAACAUCAAACAACCUCUACAAUGGCCGACCCAGGAAAAGUUGAUACGACGAAGAAGCACUUCGUUCCUCUAGAGAACAACCCGGAGGUCUUCACUCAUCUCGUUCAUCUCCUUGGCGUUUCUCCGGAACUGGGCUUCUAUGACAUCUACAGCAUCGACGAGCCGGAGCUACUUGCUUUCAUUCCACGUCCCGUGCAUGCUCUCAUUUUCAUCUGUCCCGCCAAGGCUUACUAUAAAACCCGCGAGGAAGAGGACGAGACGAUUCCUGCCUACGAUGGUUCUGGAGAAGCUGAACCCAUUGUAUGGUUCAAACAGACCAUCGGAAAUGCGUGCGGCUUAAUCGGCUGCCUGCAUGCCGUCUGCAACGGCGGAGCACGAAAUUACAUCCAACCUGGAUCUGAUCUCGAGGCUAUCCUCAAAGAAGCCAUACCGCUGAAGCCGAGCCCUCGUGCGGACGUUUUGUACAACUCUCAGGCUUUAGAGGUAGCCCAUGCUUCCGCAGCGCAGAAAGGCGACACGGCUCCUCCACCGUCCUUCGACCAUGUCGGACAGCAUUUCAUUGCUUUUGUCAAGGGAGAUGAUGGGCGUCUAUGGGAGCUGGAGGGAGGAUGGAAGGGGCCCUUGGAUCGGGGAGUGCUCAGUGAGGAUGAUGAUGCUCUCAGCGAGAAGGCAUUGCAGCUCGGCGUUCGUCGGUUUAUCAAGAACAUGGGGGAGGACCUUCGGUUCAGCAUCGUUGCUCUGGCUUCCAGCCUUGAUUAGGCCGUCAAGAGGUGGUAAGAUUGGUUAGGUUCAGUCGGCAUCUACCGGGCAAGGGCAUUGGCGUUGAAGGCGGGCCUGGGCAUUUUCGUCAUCAAUCAACUCGUCAUCGCUACUAAGAUCAGUGAGGAAAGUAAUAAACAUCCAAGCUCAAAGUAGCCCAGGAAAAAGCACGGUAUGAGACAUGUACACCGAUGUGAGCGAAUUAAUCAGUUGAAUGCAGCGAGAGUGAUAGUUUGUUGGGCAAACUUGAGCCCUCAAAAUAGAAACCAAGACAUGUAUCGUAUUCAAGAACAAGGCCGAAACACCUGCAGGCCAGACAUGCCAGGCGAGCUUCGCAU